GAGACGACGCGCGGCGCCAUGGAGCCCGCGGCGGAGACGCGGCAGCAGCGCGGCAGGAGGAAGAAGAAGCCCAAGGAGACCCGCACCGUGCGCCCCGACACCGGGGGGCUCGAGCAGAACCCGAACCGGCACUACGCCAGCAACCGGAUCAAGACCACCAAGUACACGCUGCUGUCCUUCCUGCCCAAGAACCUGUUCGAGCAGCUGCACCGCUUCGCCAACGUGUACUUCGUGUUCAUCGCGCUGCUCAACUUCGUGCCGCUGGUCAGCGCGUUCCAGCCCGAGCUCGCGCUCGCCCCGGUGGUCUUCAUCCUGUCCGUCACCGCCAUCAAGGACCUGUGGGAGGACUACCGGAGGCACCGGUCCGACACCGAGAUCAACCACAUGGACUGCCUGGUCUACAGCCGGGCGGAGCGGCGCUACGUGGAGCGGUUCUGGAAGGCGGUCCAGGUGGGCGACUUCGUGCGGCUGCGCUGCAACGAGGUUCUGCCGGCCGACGUCCUGCUGCUGAGCUCCAGCGACCCGGACCGGCUCUGCCACCUGGAGACCGCCACGCUGGACGGGGAGACCAACCUCAAGCAGAGGCAGGUGGUCCGCAGCCCCUCUGACCUGGACUGUGAGUUCGACCCGUUGAAGUUUCACAGCGUCGUUGAAUGUGAGAAGCCGAACAACAACCUGAACCGGUUCCGAGGAUACAUCCUCCACCCCAGUGGCAGCAGAGACGCCCUCUCCAAGGACAACCUGCUGCUGAGAGGCUGCACGGUGCGCAACACGGAGGAGGCGGUGGGCCUCGUCAUCUAUGCAGGUCACGAGACCAAAGCCAUGCUGAACAAUACCGGUCCGCGCUACAAGCGCAGCAAGCUGGAGCGCCAGAUGAACAUGGACGUGUUCUGGUGCCUCGUCGUCCUGCUGAGCCUCAGCCUGGUGGGGGCCACGGGUCAUGGUCUCUGGGUGUUCCAGUACGGGGACAAGAGGCCCGUGUUUGCCGUCCUCAGCCCAGAGGGGGCGGAGCUAUCGCCCGUGGUGGCGUCCGUCUACCUCUUCCUUACCCUCAUCAUCGUCUUGCAGGUGCUGAUCCCCGUGUCCCUGUUCGUGUCCCUGGAGGUGGUGAAGGUGGGCCAGGUGUGGUUCCUGCACCAGGACCAGGACCUGUUUGAUGAGGACUCGGUCUCGGGGGUCCGGGUCCGGGCCCUGAACCCCCUGGAGGACCUCGGCCAGGCGCAGUACGUCUUCUCCGACAAGACGGGGACGCUCACCGACAACAAGAUGGUGUUCCGCCGCUGCACCGUGGGGGGGGUGGAGUACUCCCAUGAUGCCAAUGCUCGUCGGUUGGCUCAGUACCAGGAGGUGGACUCUGAGGAGGAGGAGGCCCCGCCCCCUUGUGGGAGGCGUGACAGCUGCUCCAGCCAGAGGAACUCUGGACCCGUCCUGAAGUCUCACCGGAGGACAGGAAGCCGGGCGGAGGCCAAGAGGGCGAGCAUCCUGUCCAAGCACACGGCCUUCAGCAGCCCCAUGGAGAAGGACGUGACCCCUGACCCUCAGCUGCUGGACAAGGUGAAUGAGUGUGGCGGUCAGAUGGACUUCAUGAGGUUCCACGGCCAGCCGGUGACCCAGCUGACCUCUGACCUCGCCGACAUCAUGGACUUCUUCAUGGCGCUCACCGUCUGCAACACCGUGGUGGUGUCCUCCCCCGACCAGCCGCGGCACAAGGUCCGGAUGCGGUUGGAGUCCAGGUCCCCGGUGAAGACCAUCGAGGACUUCAUCAAGCGCUUCACGCCGAGCCGCCUGACCUCGGGCUCCAGCGGCGGCUCCUCCUCCAGCCUCGCCGCCAGCCGCUCCUCCAACCGGGGCGGCUCCGGCCCGCCGUCCUCGCCCUCCGCCGACGGGACCCUCGCCGAGCUGCGGGAGGAGCGGGCGCCGCUCGGCCCGGCGCCGCCCCGCUACGACGGGACGCCGCUGGGCCCCGUGGGCGGCGAGCUGCGCUACGAGGCCGAGUCGCCCGACGAGGCCGCGCUGGUCUACGCCGCCAGGGCCUACAAGUGCUCGCUGGUGGGGCGCCUCCCGGACCAGGUGACCGUGGAGCUGCCGCACCUGGGGAAGCUGAGCCUGGAGCUGCUGCACACGCUGGGCUUCGACUCCACCAGGAAGCGCAUGUCGGUGGUGGUCCGGCACCCCCUGACGGACCGGAUCACGGUCUACACCAAGGGGGCGGACUCGGCCAUCAUGGACCUCCUCAGACCCCCCGACACGGAGAACUCCAGAGGGCGGCGCCAGAAGAAGGUGAUCAACCGGACCCAGAACUACCUGAACCUCUACGCUGCAGACGGCCUCCGCACGCUGUGCAUCGCCACCAAGGUCCUGAGUAAGGAGCAGUACGCCGGCUGGCUGCAGCGCCACCUGGAGGCUGAGGCGGCCAUCCAGGGACGAGAGGAGCUGCUCUUCAACUCGGCCCUGAGGCUGGAGACCGACCUGCAGCUCCUGGGAGCGACGGGCAUCGAGGACCGGCUGCAGGACGGCGUCCCUGAAGCCAUCGCGGCGCUGCGGCAGGCCGGCCUCCAGAUGUGGGUUCUGACGGGAGACAAACAGGAGACGGCCGUCAACGUGGCGUACGCCUGUAGGCUGCUGGACCCGGAGGAGGAGGUGCUCACCCUGAACGCCGACUCCCAGGAGGCGUGUGCGCUGCUCCUGGAGGAGAGCCUCCACUACAUCCAGACUAAGUUCCUCUCCAGCUCCUCGGACCAGGCCGCCAAGGCCUUCCCCCCCUUCGAGGCCCCGCCCCCCUCCUCGCCCCCCCACGCCGCCGCCUUCACGGUGCACCGGCUGGGCCUGGUGAUCGACGGCCGCACCUUGGCCUUCGCCCUGGACCGCGGUCUGGAGGACCGCUUCCUGGCGGUGGCGAGGAGCUGCCGCUCCGUGCUCUGCUGCCGAGCCACGCCGCUGCAGAAGAGCAGCGUGGUCAAGCUGGUGCGCAGCAAGCUGAAGGUCAUGACCUUGGCCAUCGGUGACGGAGCCAACGACGUCAGCAUGAUCCAGGUCGCAGAUGUGGGCGUCGGCAUCUCUGGACAGGAGGGCAUGCAGGCGGUGAUGGCCAGUGACUUCUCUCUUCCGCGGUUCCGGUUUCUCCAGAAGCUUCUGCUGGUCCACGGCCACUGGAGCUACUCCAGGCUGGCCAACAUGACCCUGUUCUUCUUCUACAAGAACGCUAUGUUCGUGGCGCUGGUCUUCUGGUACCAGUUCUACUGCGGGUUCUCCGGCGCCGCCAUGAUAGACCAGUGGUACCUGGUCUUCUUCAACCUGGUCUUCUCCGCCGCCCCGCAGCUCGUCACCGGGACUCUGGACCAGGACGUCUCGGCCGAGACGCUGCAGCUGCUGCCCCGGCUCUACAGGAGCGGCCAGCACUCGGAGGAGUACAAGCCCUACAUGUUCUGGAUGAACAUGGUGGACGCCGUCUACCAGAGUCUGGUCUGCUUCUUCAUCCCCUACUUCGCCUACGCUGACUCUGACGUGGACGUGUUCACCUGGGGGACCCCCAUCACCACGCUGGCUCUACUCACCAUGCUGGUCCACCUGGGCAUCGAGACCCGGACCUGGACGUGGAUGAACUGGCUGUCCGUGGCGGGCAGCGUGGGCCUGUUCCUCGCCGUGUCUCUGGGCUGCGGCGCCGCCGGCCCGUCCGGCAGCGUGGCCCGGCUGCUGCACGACCCGCUCUACUACCUGCUGUGUGUCCUCACGCCGGUGGCCGCGCUGCUGCCCAGAUAUUUCUACCGGGCGUGUCAGGGCUCGUUGUUCCCCAGCCCCGUCCAGCUCGGGAGGCAGUUGGAUAAACUCCCGCCUGAGACCCGCAGGAACAUCCUGAACCUCGGCGGGGUCGCGGCGGGGUCGGCGUUCCGGCCCGCGCCUCACUUCCUGUCCCGUGGCACGCCGUCCCCCGAAGGCCCCGAUGGAGACCGGAAGGGGGCCGGUCCGCGUGCGGUGGACGCCACAGAGAAGGACACGCUUCCUUUCGCCAAGGACGCCGCUAAGCUCCGCCCAGAGCUGCGGCCUCGCCCCCCCGAAGGCGGCGGGCGCCCCCCCGAGACAUCAGAGACUUUAGAGCCGUCGGACCUGAGUGCGUCCAGCCUGCAUCUCACGCUGCCCCCUGGUGGCGACGCCCAGCGGGUCCGAUACAGCAGGAAGUCGGCCCACGGGGCGGCGCCGGGGGCGGAGCCAGACGCCGUCCUGUGACGCUCGACAUUCCCCAUUUGCACAAUAGUUUUUUAUGGAGAAAGUUAUUGUUGUCUUAUUUUUAUUGUAUUUCUCAAACACGAUUAUUUUAUAAAAAGACAAAUCGGUACUUUUUUAUAUUC